CUGUGGUGGCUGUGCUGCCCAGAGACAGUGCGUGGGCGGCUCUGAUGCAGCCAUGUCCCCUGGGCUCUCCCAGCUGGCCUGGGAACCAUCCCUGCACCCUUUCCCAUGGGUGCCGGUGUCCCCGCAGGGGCAGCUUGGGGACAGCCCCUGCACCCCUUCCCCUGGGUGCCGGUGUCCCCGUGGCAGCAGCCCCCACCCAGCACCUCUCCCCUUCCUUCCAGCCCAAGCCCUCAGCCUCACUGGUGCCCAGCCCAGCCAGCUCACGCUGGACCCCCCCUGGACACCGGUGUUCCUGCCAGAGAAGGUGACACUGACCUGCCGGGGCUCCAGCGCGCCCGGCCCCACCGACUGGUAUGUCAACGAGCAGUUCUGGCAGCAGGCAAGAUCCAACCACAUCCACAUCACCAGAGACCUACCCGGGAGCUACAGCUUGCGGUGCCACAGCCCUGGUGCCGGGCUCAGCCCCUCCAUCACCUUGGGCUUCUCAAAUGCUGCACCACAGCGGGCGCUACCACUGCCAGGCCACCGUGGGCCACAUCUUCCCAGGGUGGCAGGAAUCGGCACUGGUGAUGGUGGCAGUGCAAGGGCUCCCCCCAGCUCCAGCUGCCGGCUGUGGGGCUGUCCCACUCGGGGAACUACUCCUGCGAAGUGCAGACAGAGACGGCCAGCGUGCGGAAACGCAGCACCCCGGUCACCGUCACGGUGCGCAGUGAGUGUGCAGGAGGGAUGGGGGCGUACCGGGGCCCUGCAGCCAUCCCUGGGUCCCCACAUCCCUCCCCAGGUCCUCCCACCCCUGCCUGCCUCCCCCCAUCCCUCCCCACAUUCCCACAUGGGGGGGAUCCCCCCAUCCCUCCCCAGGUCCCUCCCUGGGAUCCCUUCAUGCCUCCCUAGGUCCCCCCAUUCCUUCCCAGGUCCCUUCCCAGGUCCCCACAUGCCCCCCAGGGUCCUUCCAUUCAUUUCCAAGUCCCCCCAUCCCUGCCUGGGUCCCCCUCAUUUCUCCCUGGGGUCCCUCCAUCCCUCCCUGGGGUUGCCUGAUCCUUCCCUGUUGUCCCUCCAUGUUGCCCAGGUCCCUCCAUCCCUCCUCUGGUCCCCCUUCCCUGCCUGGGUCCCUCCAUCUCUCCCUGGGGUCCCCUCCAUCCCUCUCCAAGUCGUCCCCCCCUUCCCUAGGUCCCCCAUCCCUGCCCAUCUCCUCCCUGCAGGGGUCCCAGUCUCCGGGGUGUCCCUGGUAGCACAGCCCCCCGGGGGGCAGGUGGCAGAAGGAGACCGCCUGGUGCUGAGCUGCUCGGUGGCCGAGGGGACGGGGCCCCUCUCCUUCUCCUGGCACCGGCAGGGCUCAGCUGUGCCACUGGCCACAGGCCCCUACUACAAGCUCCGCACUGUGCAGCACCAGGACAGCGGCCGCUACCACUGCACGGCCACCAACGGUGGCACGGUGGCUGACAGCCCGCCGCUGUGGGUCACUGUCCUGGUGCCGGUGGCUGGUGCCACCAUCACGAUGGCGAGGAUGGAGCCAGUGGUGCCGGUGGGCGAGAAUCUCAACCUGAGCUGCUCUGUGCGGGAGGGCACCGCGCCGGUGACCUUCACCUGGCUGCGGGACGGGCAGGAGCUGGACUCGGGGCCCGUCCUGUCCCUGGGGACUGUGGGGCCAGCACACGCUGGGACCUACCAGUGCCUGGCCACCAACCGCCUCGGCACCCACCGCAUCUUCCGGGCACGCAGCCUGGCGCUGGCCCUCGCGGUGACACAGCUGAGACAGGGAGGGCAGCAGCAGGGCACAGGUGGGGGCUACGCUCAUCUGCCCACCCCCCGGCCCCCCAUGGGUGUCCAGCCCCCCAGGGUCAGGGCUGACCUGGGCUUGUCCCUGCUCUGUCCCCAGCCAUGGCUGUGGGGCUCAGCGUGUCCCUCCUGCUCCUGCUCCUGCUCACUGCUGCCAUGGGCUGGUACCUCCGGCGCCGGCGCCGUGCAGGUGGGUCACCCACACCAGGGGGCUGGGGACCAGGUCUGUGGUCCCAGGUGGGGUAAAAGCCCCCCACACCAGCUGGGGGGUGGGGAAUGGGGCUGCACCCUGCAUCCCUCAUCUUGGCUAGGGCUGAGCCCCCAGCGUCCUCGGCUCAGGGUCCCAGGCGGGUCUUGGGGGCCCUCCCUGCUUGCAGCUCAUGUACCCCCAUCUCAGCUGGGUAUGCGGGGCUGAGUCCCUGGUACCGCCAGCUUGGGGUCCUGGAGGGUCUUGGCGGGUGUUGUCUCCUUCCUGGGCAUGCAGGGCUGAGCCCCAUGGUCCUUGGCUUGGGGUCCAGGGGGUCUUGGGGUGCCUUGGGUGGUCUCCCUGCUUGCAGCCCACAACUCCCUGUCUCAUCUGGGGGUCUGGUACCCCCAGGUGAAACUCACCGGAGUCCCCGGUACCACCAGCUUGGGGUCCCGGGGUCCUCCCUCCCUCCUGGGCAUGCACGGCCAAGCCCUGGGGUCCUUCGUUUGGGGUCCCGGGGAGUCUCAGGGGUCCUGGGGGUCCC